AAUCACGUAAUAUCAAAAAAAUACGGAUAUUUUUGUGGAGAAAAAGAAAAGAAAAGAAAAGGGACUGGCUUUCUUUUGGGCAAUAGAAAAGGGACUGGUUAACUAAACCAAUAUAGGCGCACACGAAAUUCUUUGUUGCUUUGUUUUUAUAGAAUUAAAUAUCCGGAGGUUACCUUAACUGUUGAACAACCUCUAGUCCGCCUAAUUAAGUCAACGUUGUAUAGGUGAGGAAGGUAAGAUGUUGGUAAAAUCAUGCACGAAAACAAACUUCACACACAACACACAACGAAACUGAAUAUAAAAUAGAGAAUAUACAUACUGUUGGUGCAUUAGUAAUAUUACUAAAUAAACCAAGUAGUAGAGCAAUGGGAGAUCUUCAACAGAGAGUUCAUCCGGUUCUUCAAAUGGAAGCCAACAACAAGAAAAUAUCACCAGCUGGGGGAAAGACGGAACAUCUUCCGACACAACGGCCAUUUCCACCUCCUGCUACGGUCGAAAACAAGAAAGCAUCACCAGCUCGCGAAAAGACACAACAGCUGCUUCCAGUACAACGACCACUUCCACCUCCUCCUUUGAUGGUGCGUAAUAAGAAGCGAAAUCUUUGCUGCAGAAUCUUCUGUUGGGGUUUAAGCCUUCUAAUCAUUGCCUUAAUCGCAUUAGCGGUUGCGAUUACGGUUAUAUAUUUUGUUUUCCAUCCUAAAAUCCCACAAUACGAGGUCAACAGUUUACGAGUUAGCAACCUUGGGAUCAACCUAGACCUCUCUCUUUCCGCCUUGUUCAAAGUCGAGAUCACAGCUCGUAAUCCCAACGAAAAAAUUGGGAUUUAUUACGAGAAAGGAGGCCGUCUCCAAGUGUGGUAUACCAAGACAAAGCUCUGUGAAGGUCCUAUACCCAAGUUUUACCAAGGACAUAGAAAUGUAACUAGACUGAAUGUGGAUCUAGCGGGAAGAGCACAGUUCGGGAACACUGUUCUGUCGGCAUUGCAGCAGCAGCAACAGACAGGACGUGUCCCGUUAGAUCUCAAAGUGGAUGCACCUGUUUCCGUCAAACUGGGGAAAUUGAAGCUGCGGAAGGUUCGGAUAUUGGGGAACUGCAAGCUUGUUGUUGAUAGUUUAUCAACAAACAAUAGAAUUAAUAUCAAAGCCAGUGAUUGCAAGUUUAGGCUUAAACUUUAAGAUGUUCCUUUCUUGGGUGUAUGUUUAUCCAUCUUUUUCUAAUGCAUUGAUUAAGUUUUCUGAA